CAUCCCUCUUUGCUUCUUAAACUCUCUCCAAUUCUCUGAGUCUGAGCAGAUCUCAAACAAAUUUUAAAGAAAUACGAUCGAUAAGAUUAAUUAAAGGAUGAAGAUCCAAUGUAAUGUGUGUGAAUCGGCGGAGGCGACGGUGCUUUGUUGCGCCGACGAGGCGGCGUUGUGUUGGGCUUGCGACGAAAAGAUACACGCUGCUAACAAGCUCGCGAGUAAACAUCAGAGAGUUCCUCUUUCUAAUUCCCAUAAGCAGAUGCCUAAGUGUGAUAUAUGCCAGGAAGGAGAUGGCUACUUCUUUUGUCUGGAAGACAGGGCUUUAUUGUGCAGAAAAUGUGAUGUUGCCAUUCAUACAGUCAACUCUCUUGUUUCAUCACACCAGAGGUUUCUACUUACUGGUGUGAAAAUAGGGCUUGAAACUUCUUCUGAUCUUGUUUCUUCUUCAUCCGUGAAGUCACUCCCCUGUGAAAAAAUCCCAGAAUCACUUUGUCUCCCAAAGGCAACAAACACCCAAUACAACAAAGUUUUGCAUGAAGACUUUUCAUAUCCUAAGUUGACUUAUGGUGGGGGUUCUCCAGCUGAAGUCAUCCAACAAUGGCAAUUUGAUGAGUUUUUUGGUUUGACCGAUCCCAAUCAGAAUUAUGACUACAUAGACAACACCUCAUCCAAUAAGGGUGAUUCUAGCAAGAUGGGAGACUCAGACUGUUGUUCAAUUCUAAGAGCAUUGGAGGUAGAGUUGGACAGUGAGGAUUGCUUGGGGCAGGUACCCGAAUCAUCUUGGGCAGUCCCACAAAUAUAUUCACCACCUACUGCUUCAGGACUAUGUUCGCCAAAACAAGAACAUUGUCAUCAAAUGAAUACUGUUGCUUUUGUUCCUGAUGUAUGCUACAAUGAUAUGUCAAAUUCCCAUCAUUCAAUACAAACCUUAAAAAGGAGAUGCAAUUUCUAACUACAAGUUGCUAGAUAUAUAGCUUGUUCAUAGGGUUUACUCAAAAAAAGCAUAACUCACUUCUGGUGGUUUUGACGAUAAGGUAGAUCCGUUCUUUUGAGUUGUAUGUUUGAUUUUAGUAGAAAUUAAUAAACGUG